AUUUGGACUCAAGAUUGUGCAGGCAAGGCACGAUGAAGGUCCCUUGGCGUCUACGGCGAUACAACUCGAUGAUAAUGGUCCCUUGGUGGUGAUACCUGUGCUGAAUUAAUAUGGCAGCUCGCCUAGAUCAACCGGAAGCACAUCAAUAAACCAGUGCCUCCGAAUUUUCAUCUCCAAGAUACAGGACUAUUUAUGUACGGAGGAUUACACAUUUAGUAUUAAUGAUCCGGAGAUUAUAAAUAGUCUGAAAAUUCUCUAGAUCUUAGUGAGCGAUGACCUCUUAGGUCGUGUUUUCUCAAUAGACUUUUACAUGGCUUUCCAAACAAUAACCAAGGUUAAUGUCUCUAACGAUUCUUCUGUUCUUACGAGUUUGGACGCUCAGGGGCAUGUUUCCUACAUGGGACAAAAGCCUAUGGGAAGGGGAGAAUGGGUGGCAAAUGGACUCAAGAUUGUGCAGCAAAAAGUUUCAGCAGCAUGCAGGUGGCUGCACGUCGGGCUCCGCCAACCGCCGGGCCAUGCUGCCGUCGAGCAUCGGCCUCUCUGCUCUGUCGUCUCCCUCCUCUUCCCAUCCUUGGCAAGCGCGAGAGAAGGCUCGGAUAGCGAGAGUGAGAGCGAGGGAGUGUUGGUGGUGGAGGCUUGCCGGCUCUGCUGCUCCCUAACGGCAGAAGGGAGGGGAGCGGAGGAGGGGGAAGGAAGGCGAGCGGGGAGGUGUAGGGGGAGGGAGACGACAGAGCUCGUCCAAUGGUCUUCCUUGCCGCCCUUGUCAACCUCUUCGCGGGAUGGGUUUGUUUGGAUGGAUUGGGUGGAGCAAGGCCGAGUAGUAUUAGUCCCCUCUUCGCUUUGUUCUCCGCUGAGCUGCAUUGUUAUUACUUCUCCGUCGCAGCUUGGAACUUGGGAUGGCUUGUGA